AUGCCACGCCAAACGGCGGUGGAAACACCCAUGCGUCACUCAUGCGACCGUUGUCAUAGUCAGAAGCUACGAUGUGCACGUACCGGCGCCGAAAACACGGGCGCAUGCAUGCACUGCCAGCGCAAACAUGUACAAUGUGUCUAUAGCUUCUCCUUGCCUAAGGGCCGACUGAGUGUGCACGAGCCUAUCGACGCAGAUCAGGAUCCACCAUCCACUCCACUUCCACCGUUAACUUCACCUCCGCCCGCCUCUCCUAAGACGCUAGCCGGUCAAUCGAUCAUACAAUCUAUCCAGCCUUCAUCUACCUCCGGGAUCCCAGGCCUCCUCGGGGACGGGGAGUUUCCCAAAAAGGGUGCAGCCGAGGACACGGACCCUGCAUGGGCUGGCCCAGCUCCAGUUCAAGCAUCGCCUGAUGUGCUCGGACAAUCUCAAUGUACUGAUGCGCAAAGUAGUAUUAGUAAAACUGGCAGUGGCGAAACUGAUUCUGGCCUCGUCACUGGGCAACUCUCCCAACUCAGCAUCCGUCUCUCGAGAUUGUGUCGCUUAGCCCAAGAGCUCGCCAGCCCAUCAAUCCAACCCGGAAACGAACGAGUUCGCAUCGGUAGUCAGCCGCUCAUAGAUGCUACUGCGUUUGAUUCGGUUGCCUCGUGGCUUGCCCACGGCUCUACUGGCUUCGAUUCAUUUGAGUCGACGCGAUGUUCAACUGGCCGACCAACACAGGAGCCUGAUAUCAAAACACCUGGAGGUGUGCUUUACUAUCUUUUCUCCGACUCGCAUUUUAUGCUAGAAAUUCUACGAGAUCUACAUCCGGAGGUCGGAGCUAUGCCUAUAACCACGAUGCCAUCGCCGAAGGAAUCCAAUCCCUUCGAUAACGUCAUCUGCCGCCUCUCCAUCGGCUGUUAUUCCUCACUCAUGAAUAUUUAUAUCUCAGUAUUAGAUAUUCUCGAGCAUGAUGCAAAGCUAAGCAAUCGGGCCGAGAGGACAGCACUGGGUGAUAUUCAGCUCGUCUCUAUUGUGCAGAUAUGCUCUUACCUCAUCGAGCGACAGAACCAAGCGAUUGGUUUAUACCUAUCCGCCAAAGGCUCUAUGACUGUAUCGCCAUGGCAAGAUCCGAUGGCCAAAUCAAAUGAACCCGUCUUGCAAUCCCCCGAUACUGCUAAUAGGGAGGAAAUGAGGCGCUUGGAAAUGGAAGUUCAGCAACGACUCUCGCGUCUACGGCAAAUUCUGUAUUUUUGA